GGACUACAAAUAGCGGGGAAAAGCGGCCGAACUGCACACUUCGGGUAAAGCCUCAAGCAUACAAGCAUCAUGAAGACUCUGGUUGUGUUGGCAGUGCUGGGCGUGUGCUCCGCCUCCCUCCAGCAGGCCUACAACUACGGCUACAACUACGUCCAGCCUCGCUACGUCGGGCCCUUGGCAUCCACCGUCCCCGCCGGCGUCGACGGAACCAUCACUCCCGUGUCCGAUACCUACGAAGUGGCCGCCGCUCGUGGCGCCUUCUUCAGGGCCUACCAGGAUCAACUGGCGACCAUCGCCGCCCUCCGCUACGGCGCUCCCGCCACCCCUUACGCCGUGCACCACAGUGCGCCAGCUGUGCACCACAGCUUCCCAGCUGGCUACUCCGUCGGCCCCGUCGUCCACCAGGCUGCCCUCAGCUACGGUGUCCCCGGCCAGGUCCACGACACCCCCGAAGUGUCGGCCGCAAAGGCUGAGUUCUUCCGCCUGCCGGACUAUGAUGCUCACCACGACUACUGAACCGCAAUUAAACCUUGAAAAUAUGAAAUUAGAAUUAGGAGAAAACAUAUACUCGCGUGUAUAUAGAGAAUAAAUUGUAGCACCAUUCA